CUGCAGAGAUACAAUUUUGAAUUAUGUCCUAUCUGAUGACGCACGAAAUGCAGAAACAAGCGGGAAUAUAAUUUUGGGUAUUUUACAAUCUGAUAUGUGGGUCCACGGCAGUUGCGUUCCGAUUCAGAAACCGAACCGUGCCGAGUCCAAAUGUGUCGAACGUGACUAACGAAAAUUCACCACUUCACAGAAAGUCGGUUUACUGAAUAGCCACACUUAAAUCGCAGCCAGUUACCUAUAAAAUGUCGACAGAAGCAACAGAAAAUCAACAAACGAACAAUAAUGUUUCCAAUAACACUCCAACCAGACCACGAACGCAGUAUGUACCAGACCAAGAACAAAGACCUUUGGUGUAUGAAAACAACGUGCCAAGCGUGAUAACCAGACAACCCAACAAUCAAGUAAAUCAAGUGCAACAAAAUCAAAACAGGAACAAUGUACCAUCGUAUCGGCCUAACACACAACUGACGAUGGACUUUAUCCAACAGCAAAAUGUGAUGCAGCAAUUGCAGGAGCAACAGAUGCAUCAGCAACACAGACAACACCAGCAGAUGCAGCAUCAACACAGGCAACACCAGCAGAUGCAGCAUCAACACAUGCAACACCAGCAGAUGGAACAGACGCAGCAGCAGCAACAGAUGGAACACUCGCAACAGGAGCAACAGAUGGAACACUCGCAAGAGGAGCAACAGAUGGAACACUCACAAGAGGAGCAACAGAUGGAACACUCGCAACAGGAGCAACAGAUGGAACACUCGCAACAGGAGCAACAGAUGGAACACUCGCAGGAGCAGCAGCAGCAGCAGCAGCAUCAACUGACGCAGCAGAACUUACUGCUGCAUCAGCAGCAACUGAAUCGGCAGCAGCAGAGUCCGUAUAUUGGUAUGCAACAGAAUCUGUAUAACGGGAUACAACAGAAUCCAUAUAAUGGAAUACAACAGAAUCCAUAUAAUGGAAUGCAACAGAAUCUGUAUAAUGGAAUGCAACAAUAUCCGUAUAAUGCUCAAGUACCAGAUCAAUAUCCUAUGCAACAACCAAUGUAUAUCCAACAGCCAGUAUUACAACCGGGAACACAGCAAGUAUUGCAAUCAGGACCACAGCCAAUAUUUCAACCAGGGACACGGCCACUAUUGCAAUCAGGACCACAGCCAAUAUUUCAACCAGAGACACGGCCACUAUUGCAACCAGGGACACGGCCACUACUGCAACCGGGAACACGGCCACUGUUGCAACCGGGAACUCGACCACUAUUGCAACCAGGAAUGCGGCCAGUAUUUCAACCAGGAACGCGACCAAUAUUGCAACCAGGAAUGCAACCAGGAAUGCAACCAGGAAUGCAACUCGGAAUGCGGCCAGUAUUGCAACCAGGAACAGGGCCACUACUGCAACCAGUAAGACAGCAAGCUAUACCGCCACAGGUGCCAGAGAUUAUGAAACCCAUUCAAAGAUUAUUGUACUUAAACAUGUUUCUAACAUACAUACCGCCAGCUGCAGGAAUCGAGUUGUUCAACAAAUUAGUCAAGACUUACUUCACUGAUACAUGCCAGUUAGAAAUUACGUUUGCCAAUGACAAACAGUAUAUAAUCGAAAGCUUUACAAUACCGACAUUCCUCCACUCCAUUUUCCAAAGCGGCGCCAAGUUUCGUUUUUACCCGAAAACCCUGAAAAACUAUAAUCCUACCGUGUUGUUCGCAGUGGAUGAAAAUGCAGUGGUGGUGCAGUACUAUCUGCCUUAUUUCACUGAAAUUAGUUUCGAAGGCAAACUCGUCUUGAUGUAUACGGAUGAACGGUAUCCUAACAUACGGAAGUGGGUCUGGCAAAUUUCGUCACAUAAGGAGAUGUUUACGGAUGUCGAGGAUUCUGAUAGCAAAAAGUAUUUGGAGGAUUUUAAACUUAAUGAACAUGGAUUCCCCGAGGCGACCAUGAAAGUGAUGGAACAGUGUGAGGACAAAUUCUAUUAAAAAAAUUAAAAGGAAACAAAUAUGAAUAAUCAUAGGAUAAAAUCGACAAUUACAGUAAUCUGUGUAUUAAAUAUAUUUUGUUAUAUUUAUUAAUUUUAUAUAUAUUUAUAUUAUGAAUGUGCAUAUACAAAUGUGUAGUUUUGACAAUAAAGAUUUUUUAGAUA